CCUCUGCCUUAAAUUUGACAGACUCUUUGACGUCUUUUCUCAAACCUCUCGUCUUCUUCUUCUCCCUCUUUCUUCUUCUCUUCUUCUCCUCCUCGUCGUCGGCAAUAUUAUUCAUCUCUCUUUCUCUCUCUCUCUACUGUAAAUCUACGAGACAAAAACGUUACCAAAAAAAAAAGAAAAAAAAAGCUCUCUCCUUCGUCUCUUAGUGCCUGCCACACACAGAUCUUUCGUCAGAUUUUGAGCGUUGAACAACAUGUCUGGGUCAACAAAAGUAUUGGAUCCUGCAUUUCAAGGAGCCGGACAGAAACCAGGAACUGAAAUAUGGAGAAUCGAGAACUUUGAAGCUGUGCCAGUGCCAAAGUCUGAUCAUGGGAAGUUCUAUAUGGGAGACACUUACAUUGUCUUGCAGACCACACAGAACAAAGGAGGUGCUUAUCUGUUUGAUAUUCAUUUCUGGAUUGGGAAAGACACUAGUCAGGAUGAAGCUGGAACAGCAGCUGUUAAGACAGUUGAACUCGACGCAGUUCUUGGAGGCCGUGCUGUCCAACACCGGGAAAUUCAAGGUCAUGAGUCUGACAAAUUCUUGUCGUACUUCAAGCCAUGUAUUAUACCCUUAGAAGGUGGUGUUGCUUCUGGCUUCAAAACACCUGAAGAAGAGGUGUUUGAGACACGUUUAUAUACCUGCAAAGGAAAACGUGCAGUCCAUUUGAAGCAGGUUCCUUUUGCCCGCUCAUCGCUGAAUCAUGAUGAUGUGUUUAUCUUGGACACCAAGGAAAAGAUCUAUCAGUUCAACGGUGCGAAUUCAAACAUUCAGGAGAGAGCCAAAGCUUUGGAAGUUGUUCAGUAUUUGAAAGACAAGUAUCAUGAAGGAACUUGCGAUGUUGCUAUUGUUGAUGAUGGAAAGUUAGAUACAGAAUCAGAUUCUGGUGAGUUUUGGGUCCUCUUUGGUGGUUUUGCUCCAAUAGGAAGGAAAGUUGCUAAUGAUGAUGAUAUUAUCCCUGAGUCAACUCCACCUAAGCUUUACAGCAUCAAUGAUGGUCAGAUGGAGCCUAUAGACGGUGAUCUAACCAAGUCUAUGCUGGAAAACACUAAAUGUUACCUCUUGGACUGUGGCGCUGAGGUCUUUAUUUGGGUUGGCCGAGUAACUCAAGUGGAUGAGAGGAAAGCUGCUAGUCAAUCUGCUGAGGCUUAUCUUGCUAGUGAAAACAGGCCAAAGGCGACACGAGUCACCCGUGUUAUCCAAGGUUAUGAGUCCCACUCUUUCAAGUCUAACUUUGACUCUUGGCCAUCUGGCUCAGCCGCUCCUAGUAAUGAAGAAGGACGAGGAAAAGUCGCUGCUUUGUUGAAGCAACAAGGUGUUGGGCUUAAGGGCAUUGCGAAAAGUGCACCAGUGAAUGAGGAUAUUCCACCUCUGCUUGAAUCUGGUGGAAAGUUGGAGGUUUGGUAUGUUAAUGGCAAAGUCAAGACUCCGUUGCCUAAAGAAGAUAUUGGCAAGCUCUAUUCUGGGGACUGCUAUUUGGUCCUUUACACUUAUCAUUCUGGUGAUAGGAAAGACGAGUUUUUCUUGUGCUGCUGGUUUGGAAAGAAUAGCAUUAAGGAGGACCAAGAAACAGCACUUAGACUGGCGAAUACAAUGUCAAACUCGUUAAAAGGAAGACCUGUGCAGGGUCGUAUCUACGAGGGUAAAGAGCCUCCACAGUUUGUUGCUCUGUUCCAGCCUAUGAUUAUCCUAAAGGGUGGUUUGAGCUCUGGGUACAAGAACAGCGUGGAAGAGAAAGGUUCAGCAGAUGAAACCUACACACCAGACUCAAUUGCACUGAUUCAAAUAUCUGGAACGGGAGUUCACAAUCAUAAGGCACUUCAAGUUGAACCGGUGGCAACAUCUUUAAACUCUUACGAGUGCUUCCUACUGCAAUCUGGUACUUCCAUGUUCCUUUGGCAUGGAAAUCAAAGUGCGCAUGAACUGCUGGAACUAGCUGCUAAAGUUGCUGAGUUCUUGAAGCCUGGGAUGACUCUCAAGCAUGCCAAAGAAGGAACAGAGAGCUCAACCUUUUGGUUUGCUCUUGGAGGAAAGCAGAGCUUCACCAGCAAGAAGUCAGCAUCUGAGACUGUCAGAGAUCCUCACUUAUACUCAUUUUCUAUCAACAGAGAGAUUUACAACUUCGCUCAAGAUGACCUCUUGACUGAGGAUAUAUAUCUGCUUGACACUCAUGCUGAAGUUUUCGUCUGGGUUGGUCAAUGUGUGGACCCCAAGGAAAAGCAAACUGUGUUUGAGAUUGGCCAAGUAACUUUCAUUCCCUACAGGUUUUGCUUCUCUCUGUUUUUGUUGCUCAAUGUGAUAGUUUAUAUGCAGAAAUACGUUGAACGUGCUGGAUCCUUGGAAGGCUUGUCUCCUAAAGUUCCACUAUACAAAAUCACUGAAGGGAACGAACCAUGCUUCUUCACUACUUACUUUUCUUGGGACUCCACUAAAUCCAUUGAUAAGUCUAGCGGUGGGAACCAAGGACUAAGGCAAAGGGCUGAAGCACUAGCUGCCUUAAAUUCUGCAUUUAACUCUUCUGGUAGCAGACCAGCCUAUUCGAGCCAGGACAGAUCAAGUGGAAGUCAAGAGGGCCCAAGACAAAGAGCUGAAGCUUUAGCUGCAUUGACAUCCGCGUUCAGUUCUUCUUCAUCAUCAACUAAAUCUCCUCCACCACCGAGGCCAGCAGGAACGAGCCAGGCAUCACAGAGAGCAGCAGCAGUGGCUGCUCUCUCACAGGUUCUCGUUGCUGAGAAUCCGAAAUCAACUGAUACCUCUCCUACAAGAAGAUCCACUAGCUCCAACCCAGCAGAUGAGAAUGAUGAUCAAGCAGAUGAGUCACAAGAAGCUGGUGAUGAAACCAAGGUAGAAGAGGAAGUUUCACCUGCAGUAGAGGAGCCAGAAGCAAAGCAAGAGGAAACAGAGGAGCAAGAUGAUUCUGUUAUAGACUCAAGUGGUGCAACUUUCACCUAUGAACAGCUGAGAGCUAAAUCUGAAAACCCUGUGACUGGAAUCGAUUUCAAGCGCAGAGAGGCUUAUCUAUCUGAAGAAGAAUUUCAAAGUGUGUUUGGGAUGGAGAAAGAAGCAUUCAACAACUUACCUCGUUGGAAGCAAGAUCUGCUCAAGAAGAAGUUCGACUUGUUCUAGACACUCCUACUCCUACUCCUACUCCAAUGCAAAAGAAAAACAUCUCAAAGAUCUUUUAUUACACACUCCUGCAGUUCAGUUUAUACUGAAAAUGGUUUUAUGUGGUCAGUCAAUUUGUUGUUGGUUGUUUGAAGAGUGUUCUUUUAUUUGUUUCUCUUCUUCAGUAUUAUUUACCUUGACUGAUUUACUUCUCUGUCAUGGGUUUGGUUUUGGACUUGGUUCUUAAUAUUUUCAUACAACACAAUGAGGUGUUCUUGUAAUGACGAUGACAGAUUGUUUUACCCGAGACAGAUUUGUGAUUUGUGGGUAAGAUAAUUCUUUGAUUUGGAUCUUCCAUUGUUGUGAUAUUUAAAGAACAUGUUUAUUUGAUGCUGAAGCUUUAUGCAUAUGUUUAUAAGUGGUUUGGUUUGUG